AUUGUUGGUUGUUUUUUGCAGCAACAUGAACCGUGAAGACCGAAAUGUGCUGCGAAUGAAAGAAAGGGAAAGGCGGAAUCAGGAAAUCCAGCAGGGUGAAGAAGCCUUUCCGCCCAACUCUCCUCUCUUUGCUGAACCCUACAAAGUUACCAGCAAAGAAGACAAAUUAUCUAGUCGCAUUCAGAGCAUGCUUGGUAAUUAUGAUGAAAUGGAUGAUCUUAUAGGAGAUAGAUCGCUACCAAAGCUUGUUGGGAUUCCCAAACCUACUGUACCAUCAACAGCAGAUGAAAAAUCAAACCAAAGUUUCUUUGGUGAUCAGAGACAUAAUACUAGUUCACAUCAGAGUAGCAAAUGGACUCCUGUAGGACCAGCACCUAGCACUUCCUCACAAUCUCAGAAACGGUCCUCGGGUUUACAGAGCGGCCACAGCAGUCAGCGUGGCAGUGGCAAUAACACUAGCAGCAGUGGCCAGAGGCACGACCGUGACUCCUACAGCAGCAGCAGCAGUCGCAAAAAAAGCCAGCAUGGAUCAGAACACUCCAAAUCCCGUUCUUCCAGCCCUGGGAAACCACCUGCUGUUUCUUCAUUAAGCUCUAGCCAUUCGAGAUCUCAUGGAAGUGAUCAUCACAGCAAAGAACAUCAACGCUCAAAAUCUCCCCGGGAUCCAGAUGCCAACUGGGACUCUCCUUCACGUGUGCCCUCAUUCUCAAGUGGACAGCACUCUAACCAGUCUUUUCCACCUUCGCUCAUGUCCAAGUCCAGUUCAAUGUUACAGAAACCCACUGCUUAUGUAAGGCCGAUGGAUGGACAGGAAUCCAUGGAACCAAAGUUAUCCUCCGAACACUACAGCAGCCAGACUCACAGCAGCGGUGUGAACGAGCUGAAGCCUAGCAGCAAGGCACAUCUGACCAAGCUGAAAAUACCUUCUCAACCACUCGAUGCAUCAGCAUCUGGUGAUGUGAGCUGCGUGGAUGAAAUUCUGAAAGAGAUGAGCCACUCUUGGCCUCCUCCACUGACUGCUAUUCAUACACCUUGCAAAACUGAACCAUCAAAAUUUCCUUUUCCAACAAAGGAGUCUCAACAGUCCAGUUUUGGCACUGGAGAACAGAAACGAUAUAAUCCUUCAUCAAAAACAUCCAAUGGCCAUCAAUCCAAAUCAUGCGAAUCGAACCAGACAGAUAUGUUGAAAGAUGACUUAAAACUUAGCAGUAGUGAAGACAGCGAUGGAGAGCAGGACUGUGAUAAGACAGUGCCAAGGAGCACACCUGGAAGUAGUUCUGAACCUUCACAGCAUAACAGUGAAGGAGCAGAUAAUUCAAGGGAUGACUCGAGCAGCCAUAGUGGAUCUGAAAGCAGUUCGGGAUCUGACUCUGAAAGUGAAAGCAGUUCCAGUGAUAGCGAAGCUAAUGAACCGUCACAGAGUGCAUCCCCUGAGCCAGAGCCACCGCCAACAAACAAGUGGCAACUGGAUAACUGGUUGAACAAAGUUAAUUCACAUAAAGUGUCACCAGCUUCUUCGGUGGACAGCAAUAUCCCAUCCUCACAAGGCUACAAAAAAGAGGGACGGGAUCAGGGAGCAGGAAGUGGGUACACUGAUCAAAGUGGAUCCAAGGACUCGAUUUCUUCAACACCAGGGCGAGAUUCCAAACCCACCCAAAAGGGCUCAGAGAGCAGUCGUGGCAGGCAGAAAUCACCUGCCCAGAGUGACAGCUCAACACAGAGGAGGACUGUGGGUAAAAAGCAGCCCAAGAAAGCAGAAAAGACAUCUGUUGAAGAGCCUAGAGGAGGUCUUAAAAUAGAAAGCGAAACCCCAGUAGACAUGGCAACAAACAUACCUUCCAACAGGCACAAGGCAGCCACUAAAGGUUCCAGAAAGCCUAAUAUAAAGAAAGAGCCCAAAUCUUCCCCUCGGCCUACAGCAGAGAAGAAGAAAUACAAGGCUUCAAGCAAAUCUGCCCAGAAAUCCAGGGAAUUCAUAGAAACAGAUACCUCAUCCUCUGAUUCAGAUGAAAACGAAAGCCUGCCUCCUUCAUCACAAACACCCAAAUACUCCGAGAGCAAUAGGACUCCUGUUAAAUCUUCCAUGGAGGAGGAUGACAGCUUUUUUCGGCAAAGAAUGUUCUCUCCUAUGGAAGAGAAAGAGCUUCUUUCACCACUCAGCGAUCCUGAUGAAAGGUACCCACUUAUUGUGAAGAUUGACCUGAGCCUCUUAUCAAGAAUACCAGGGAAGCCUUACAAGGAUGCUGAUAUGCCCAAAGUGGAAAAGAAAAGUGUGCCAGAGAAGCAUGCAAGAGAAUCCCAGAAGCAGCCUUCUGACAAAGGUUCUACAAAAGGCAAAAGGAAACAUAAACAGAAUGAGGAUGAAAACAGAGCCAGUGAAAGCAAGAAAACGAAACUGGAAGAAAAAGCUCCAUCAGGACACAAGACUUCUAGCAAUAGGGAGUCUUUAAAACCAAGUGCUGUUAAAGAGAAGGAUUUACUGCCAUCUCCUGCUGCCCCAGUCCUUCAGAAGGAUUCCAAACAAGAGCACGGGUCCCGGAAGAGGACAGUCAGUCAGUCGUCAUCCUUGAAGUCCAGCAGCAAUGUUAGUAAGGACAGCAGCAGUGGCGGUAAAAGCAGCUCAUCUUCUAAACAGAAGAAGAUGGAGGGGAAAGGUUCUGGCAGUGCUAAAGAAACAAAGGAAAAGAUUCUGAACAAUUCAUCAAACUGCCCUCCUGUUUCUACUCCAUCUACGGAGAGCUCAAAGUCAAGAAGAGCAAAACUUGUUUUUGAUGACAGGACUUACUCAGCUGAUCAUUAUUUACAGGAAGCAAAGAAGUUAAAACAUAAUGCAGAUGCAUUGUCUGACAGGUUUGAGAAGGCUGUGUACUACCUAGAUGCAGUAGUGUCGUUCAUUGAGUGUGGGAAUGCAUUGGAGAAAAAUGCUCAGGAAUCCAAGUCCCCGUUCCCUAUGUAUUCAGAAACUGUGGAAUUAAUCAAGUACACUAUGAAACUGAAGAAUUACUUGGCACCGGAUGCUACGGCUGCAGAUAAAAGGCUAGCAGUGCUUUGUCUUCGGUGCCAGUCUCUACUAUACCUAAGGCUUUUCAAACUGAAAAAGGAAAGUGCAUUGAAAUAUUCUAAAACUCUGACUGAACAUCUGAAGAAUUCCUAUAACAAUUCUCAAGCACCGUCACCUGGUAUGGGGAGCAAGCCUGUUGGUAUGCCGUCUCCGGUCUCUCCAAAGCUGUCUCCAGGGAAUUCAGGAAAUUACUCUUCUGGGGCAGCCAACCCUUCAGGGAGCGGGUCUUCAGUGACGAUCCCCCAGAGGAUCCAUCAGAUGGCAGCCAGCUAUGUCCAAGUUACAUCCAACUUCCUCUAUGCCACUGAAAUUUGGGACCAAGCUGAACAGCUGUCUAAAGAACAGAAAGAGUUCUUUGCUGAACUGGAUAAAGCUAUGGGCCCUCUGGUUUUUAAUUCAAGCAUCAUGACAGACCUAGUGCGUUACACCCGUCAGGGACUACACUGGUUGCGCCUGGAUGCCAAGUGAUAUUUGAACUGAAGGAAUGGAAAAUAGAACACGUUUUUCUCGCUGCCUCUGAUUUAUCUCCACAACACUGUGUCAUGUCAAUAAGGAAGACUGCCAUAACACAUUGCUUAGUUGACACUAAGAGCAAGGAAUGCUUUCACACGUCUCCCAUCCUGAUUUGUGUUUUGUGUUUUAACCCAAAAUUAUCUUGUUAAUGGACUCCUUCAGUAUUCCCUUCUUAAGUUAUUUAAAUAUUUUUAAAUUUGCGACAUAUAAAGGUGUAGCUUUGCUAAUCUAUCAUGGAUAGAUUGGGUCAUUGGAAUUCCCGUCAUAAUGCGUAAAUAGUUGGUUUAAAUCCUAUUUAUUUUAAUUUUUUAAUUUUAAUUUUGAAAAGCCCCGUUUUGGGCAGUUUUUAGCCGUUUCUUCCCUAAAUUUACCCUUCCAAGUACUUAGGAAAAAUUAAACAUAGACACUUUAUUUAAGUACUUUGUGAGCUUUGUUACUCUGUAAUGUCUUGUGGUGGUAGAACCUGUAAAAGGAAUUAGGAUUGAUAGGUUCUAACGUGUAGAAACACCAUACUUUUCAUGCCUAAUGCCUAUGAAUCAACUAAUAAAUGACAGCUAGAGUUUUAUUAUUGCAGAAUUUGUACUAAAUAGAAAAAUUCCAGAUAUUCUUCUACGUAUUAAAAUACUUCAUUUAAAUGAAUUUUAAAGAAAUUUAUAUGGAAAAAUAUUUAGCUGGAUCUGACUUGGGUUGCUUUCAAGGCAGUUUCAAAACAUUGAUUUAACACUAUAACAAAUCACGAAACAUUGCAGUAAUUUGCAUUUGAUGUAAUAUCAGAGUAAUGGUGUAGGAAUGAACUUCUGAUAGGUGCGAUGCAUAUAGGAAAGGUUUCUGAAAUGGACAAUCUUGUGCUAUUUUAUAUCUCUUCAUUUAAAAUGCAUUUUGUUUCCUUGCUUGUCAUUUUUUGACACUUGCAAAAUCCGCAGUUUUGUGGUUUAAAAAACAAAAACAAAAACAAACAGUAGUUAAAUUCCUACCAGAACUGCCAUUUGCAUCUUUUUCAUUGACUGGAAAAUCAGGAAUCUUAAGUAGAGAUGGAGAUCCAUUUUUUUCCUUUUAGGGUCUGAUGGUUAAUGGACACUACAGCAUGACAGUGCAACAGCCAUUGUGGGGUGGGGAGCACACCUGCUAUUACAGGGAAGUUGUCUAAUCGUUUUGAUGCAGAAUGGAUUUAAAACUUGUAUUUACCCCAUAUUAAUGAAGGUCCCAUUCAUGUUUGAUGCAUUUGAUGGAGCAGAACAUUCAUUUGAGAGGAAGUUUGAGUUGGUGCAACAGAAAUAGUUUGUGAAGUUGCAGUUGACUGCUCCCGAAACGUGUAAACCAAAGUACCUUUCCACGUGAGGUGCUUGUCUGAGUCAAAGGUUUAAAAUGCUACUGCUUUCAGUAUUGCUUAGUGCCCCUAACAUGUCUGGUGUGCCUUAUGCCUUACUUUUAGAUGAAGAUUUUAUGAACUGUUUACAAGAUGUUUUACAGCAGGACCAGGUGUACUGUAUGCAGUGGUCUUCUGCAGUACUUGGGUAAAAUUCCAUUUCCUUUUUAAAAGCACCAGUGUCUGUCAUGCGAACUGACUUCUCAUUGCAAUGGUCUCCUUUUAAAGAAUCAAGCUCUGAAUAUUUUGGAGUGCGAUUGCGGAAUGCUGCUUUGUUUUAUCUCCCAUUUAACCCUUAAUUCUGUACCAGAGAUGAACGCGCACGUUCAGGAAAAAUUAUUGCACUAAAGUUUUGUGUCGUCGUGGUUAAGUGCCAAAAUCAUGGCAACCUCGAAAGAAGGAAUAGAAUUCUACGCUCUUAGUACUGCAGUAUGUCCUAUGGGCUUUAAGAGUUUAGGAGUUUUGCAAAUGAGUAACCUACUAAAAGGUAGCUGCAUAUUCGUAGAGCUUCCUUUGCGUUCCAACGUAUUUUGUACUUCCAGAAGAGCUUUGCUGCGUACGAACCAACACGUGGUUGGUUAGCAGACCUGUGACUUUUCCCAUUACAGCUGAAUCACCGAUCAGGUCUGCUGGUUGGAGCAUCCUUUUUAUUGAAUCACUGUGCAAGAUGGCGUUUCUUUUCGUGUUUGCUGUUAGAGACAGAACUCUGUACCCUCAGACUCUGCAUCCUGGUUAAUGGGACACUGUCAACUAAUUUUUCCUUUAAUACUCUAAAGUGCCUAGCACUCUUUUGACGCUAUAUAAAAAAUACCUUUUUAGAAGUUGCAUUCGUAGUUGAUUUUUUUGUGUAGUGCUGCACCAGGCGGCGCGGCUGCUUUCGGCUUGCUCCUUUGUGCACAGUGACCAUGACUGUAAGCAGGAAUGGUCCCAUCUCUGGGAAUUUGUUUUCUUUUUUAUUUCCUUAUAGAGUCCCACAAAUACCUUUUGGUGUCACACACAGUUGUCUCUUAAAAAAGUGUAUCGCUUGUCCCCGUGUCGGCGGGUCUUAAAAUAUUGUCUUCGCGUAACUGAAAGACUUCCUACGUUGUGUCAAAAUGUGGACCUGAAAUGGCUGACAGAGUCUGUCACAGGGAAGUGUUCCCUGGAGUGCUGUCCCAAGUUUUCUGUCCGUACAGGAGAUAUGCAGUGGUCUUCUUAUUUGAAAAGAAAUGCCUUACUGAUCUGUGGCUAUUUCGAUCAGAGAAACUUAAACUUCACGCUUCCAAAAGCAUAUCUGAUUUGGGACUUACCGUUGUGUCAGACAGACGUUGUGUGCUUUGUCAGAUUUCAUAGCUAUAAAAAAA